CUGUUUGAAGGGUGGAACCAGCACCCAAUGAGCCCUUGUGGCCGCCCGUGCUGGCUCCUCUAGAAAAUUUUAUUCCCUUAUAUUGGAUGGCCGCUCGAGCGGCAGCCUGUUCUUACCUGGAUCCUUGGAUCCGUCACUAGACUUUGUGUCUUUAUUUGAGAGAAAACAGAACAGAUAUUCUUUAUUUGAAAAAAAAAUAAAAAUUGAAAAGAUAGCAAAGGCUCAACCAAAAAAGUUGUAGAGUAUUCGUCAUGAACCAAAUGCAGAGUCAAUAUACCCACCGUAAUCGAACCAAAGUUGCAAUAAAGAGAAGCUUAGAAGGUAAGCACUCGUUCACUUAACCAGCAGUAGCUGAAAGCGUAUGAACAGGCACUGCGCUAGUGAAUUUUCUCUAACCGAGUUGGCAUCAGAUUAUCGUGCUGAUCGCAAAUCAAGAAAUUUCGAGAAUGCUCUAUACUGGCGUGUUAUAUUGAGCUCAUCUGAUGGUCGAGCAGGAACUUAUAGCAACAUCACACAUGCUCUUAAAAUGGAUGGAAUGGACGUCACAAUAUUUUGCUACACGUAUACGGCUCAGUGGGAUUCUUAUAUUUUUAUCCAUAAAUAAUUUGGCAUAUUUGACGACUGUGCAUAAGCCAAAGACAGUCAUGUGCAGUGUGGGCCAAUCUUUGAUACCAAUUCAUCCCGUGACACUUGGAUUUUUCUUCUACACGCGCAAUUGAUUUUAUUAACCACUGCAAAUAAGCAAUACUUAUCUUAUUCUUAAAGCAAAUUCAGAAUUCUUGGUCUGCAAUUAUUAUAUAUAUGAUUACAUUAUAUCGAUUGUUCGAUUGAGUUUUGGUCUGCAAUUUUCCAAAACAGUCAUCUUUUAUUGAUUUUUUGUGCCAAAAAAUGGCCAAAAUUCCUGUAUUCUUGAUUGUUAUCCUGGUGUUGUAUUGCUGGGAGGCUAUAGGAAAUGCAGAAUACACGAUUUAUAAAGAUUCUAACCGGCCAUUGAAUCGCAGAAUCAAGGACCUGAUGAGCAGGAUGAGCUUAGAAGAAAAAAUAGGCCAAAUGACUCAAAUCGAACGGUCCGUGGCAUCAGCUGAAGUCAUGAAGAAAUACUAUAUAGGGAGUGUGUUGAGUGGAGGAGGUAGCGUUCCAGCUCAACAGGCCUCUCCCGAGACGUGGGUCGACAUGGUGAAUGAAUUCCAGAAGGGUUCUUUAUCGACUCGUCUUGGAAUACCGAUGAUUUAUGGGAUUGACGCACUUCAUGGACACAACAACGCCUAUAAUGCUACAAUUUUCCCCCACAAUAUUGGUCUUGGAGCUACAAGGGAUCCUCAGCUGGUGAAGAAGAUUGGAGCUGCUACUGCUCUUGAAAUCAGAGCAACAGGCAUUCCUUAUACUUUUGCACCUUGCAUUGCAGUAUGUAGAGAUCCAAGAUGGGGCCGUUGUUAUGAAAGUUAUAGUGAAGAUCCAAAGAUAGUUCGGGCAAUGACCGAGAUUGUACCAGGAUUACAAGGAGACAUUCCUUCUAAUUCUCGAAAAGGCAUUCCUUAUGUUGACGGAAAAGAAAAGGUUGUAGCUUGUGCGAAGCACUAUGUGGGUGAUGGUGGUACAACCAAGGGCAUCAAUGCGAACAAUACCGUGACGAGCAAACACGAAUUACUUAGUAUCCAUAUGCCAGCCUACUAUAAUUCUAUCAUUAAGGGCGUGUCAACAGUCAUGGUCUCAUACUCGAGCUGGAAUGGAGUAAAAAUGCAUGCUAAUCGUGACCUUGUCACUGGGUUUCUUAAGAAUACACUACGUUUCAGAGGAUUUGUUAUAUCUGAUAUGGAGGGCAUUGACCUAAUGACUUCUCCAUCUCAUGCAAACUAUACCUAUUCAAUUCUAGCUGGAGUCAAUGCUGGCAUCGACAUGAUAAUGGUUCCAUACAAUUACACAGAAUUCAUUGAUGGUCUAACCAUGUUGGUGAAAAAUAAUUUCAUACCCAUGACCCGAAUUGACGAUGCAGUGAAGAGGAUUUUAAGAGUUAAAUUCACAGUGGGUCUAUUUGAGAACCCAUUGGCUGAUUAUAGCAUGGCUAAGUACCUAGGAUGUCAGGAGCAUAGAGAAUUAGCAAGAGAAGCAGUGAGAAAAUCACUUGUUUUGCUUAAAAAUGGUCGAUUGGCCGACGAGGAAUUGAUACCACUUUCGAGAAAGGCGUCGAAGAUACUUGUGGCCGGAACUCAUGCGGACAAUAUUGGUAAUCAGUGUGGCGGGUGGACGAUUCAAUGGCAAGGACAAAGUGGUAACAUUACACAUGGUACAACGAUCCUUGCUGCCAUAAAGAAUACCGUCGACCCUAAAACAGAAGUAAUGUUCAGUGAGAAUCCAGAUACUGGAUAUAUAAAGUCGAACAACUUCUCCUACGCCAUUGUCGUGGUGGGUGAACCACCGUACGCAGAGACAGACGGCGAUAACUUAAACUUGACAAUUCCUGAUCCAGGCCCGAGUGUCAUUACGAAUGUGUGUGGCUCAGUGAAAUGUGUUGUCGUUCUUAUAACAGGCCGUCCAGUCGUCAUUCAACCAUAUCUUGCUCAAAUUGAUGCUCUGGUAGCUGCUUGGCUUCCAGGAACUGAAGGUCAAGGAGUUGCUGAUGUUUUAUUUGGUGACUAUGGUUUUACAGGAAAGCUUCCUCGUACAUGGUUCAAGAAUGUUGAUCAGCUUCCAAUGAAUGUUGGAGAUUUGCAUUAUGAUCCAUUAUUCCCAUUUGGAUAUGGAUUAACCACAGAACCCUUAAAGGCUAAUUAAUUGAAUCCACAUAGAUUUGAAGAUUUAGAUUGAGACAAUUGAAUGUUAGUUACACAUUUGUUGGGAUAAAUGUCUCCUCCACCAACUGGGAUCUUGAGUUGCUAUUUGAUAAAAAAUAAAACAAAUAUUUAUGGUUUUUUU